UCUCCUUCUCCCUCCUCUUCUUCUGUGCCCUUUGCUCUUUCAGUUGCUCCACUGCUCAAAUAAGUCAGCCCAGAAUACAAAACGACACACUCAGCUGGAUUUUACGAUUUUUUUAUUUUUAUUUUCAAAUAUAUAUUUUUUAAAUUUUCAAGAACACCUCUAGAGAUUUCAUUUUCGAAAAAGUUCCCUUUUCCUGAGGCUACAAAAGUGCUCUGCUAUUUAUUGCCGUGACAAAGACCAAACGGGCUUCUUACUUCUUAGGAUAAGCAAGAACUGUGUGCUCACGCCAUUCAAAUUUUCAGAAAAAAAAAAAUCCCCCAAAUGGGUUUUUCUUGUUCACGUUGAAUCCACACUCAGAAAAUCUUCCAAACACUUCUGAAGCUAAUGGAUAUGAAGGUUAAAUUGGGUUUCUUUCUCCUGUCUCUGUUCUUGAUUCCUUCCCUUGGGACUGCCGCCAGGGCGGGCGGCAGCGCCGCCCACCGGAAUCUUGAAGUGAGGAGACACUUAACCCGCCUGAACAAGCCUCCUAUCAAGUCCAUCAAGAGCCCAGAUGGAGAUAUCAUAGACUGUGUUCAUAUAUCCCACCAAGCAGCCUUCGAUCAUCCUCUCCUCAAGAACCACACAAUUCAGAUGAGGCCAAGCUAUCAUCCAGAAGGGCUAUUCAGUGACAGCAAGCAAGAAACAAUCGGACCAAAGCCAAUAGCCCAGCUAUGGCAGACGAAUGGGAGGUGUCCAAAAGGGACAAUCCCCACAAGAAGAACAAGAACAGAUGAUGUUCUUAGAGCAAGCUCAAUUCAGACAUUUGGCAAGAAGAUCCACAAAACCAUACCCAGGCCAACCUCAGCCUCCCCUGAGCCUGAUCUCAUCACCCAAAGUGGCCACCAGCAUGCCAUAGCCUAUGUUGAAGGAGAUGAAUACUAUGGAGCAAAAGCAACCAUAAAUGUAUGGGAUCCAAAAAUCCAGCAGCCCAAUGAAUUCAGCCUCUCUCAGCUAUGGAUUCUUGGAGGUUCUUUUGCUUCAGAUCUCAACAGCAUUGAGGCUGGUUGGCAGGUGAGCCCAGAUUUAUAUGGAGAUAACAACACCAGACUCUUCACCUACUGGACUAGUGAUGCAUAUCAAGCCACGGGAUGCUACAACUUGCUUUGCUCAGGCUUUAUUCAAAUCAACAAUGAAAUAGCUUUGGGGGCCAGCAUUUAUCCCAUUUCUGGCUACAGAGACCCCCAAUUUGACAUCAGCAUUCUUGUCUGGAAGGAUCCCAAAGAAGGAAAUUGGUGGAUGCAAUUUGGGAAGGAUUAUGUUCUGGGUUAUUGGCCAGCCUUCAUGUUUUCUUACUUAUCCGACAGCGCGUCGAUGAUUGAAUGGGGCGGCGAAGUGGUGAACUCACAAAGUGAUGGGCAGCACACGACGACAGAAAUGGGGAGCGGCCAUUUCCCAGAAGAGGGAUUUGGCAAGGCCAGCUAUAUGAGGAACAUCCAGGUUGUCGACUCUUCGAACAACCUCAGGGCUCCCAAAGACAUCGACAUAUUCACCGAGCAGUCCAACUGCUACGAUGUGCAGCUUGGCAAGAGUGGGGAUUGGGGCAAUUAUUUCUACUAUGGAGGCCCUGGGAGGAACCCUAAUUGCCCUUAAUAGUUAAUAAUACUAUUUGUCUAUAUAUUGAAGAUUUGGCCAAGAAGAUAAGGUGUAUAUGUGUGGGAAAAUGAAUUGGUAAUUCAUUCGGACAUGUAUGUUUUCCUUCUUGGGAAACAUCCUCUCUUUAGGA